AUGGCAAGAGGAGCAUGCAGUUCAUAUACAAUAGAAGAACAAUUCAAACUAUAAGUGGUGGUGUUUGUGUUUGGAAAACACUUGGCUGCUAAGAUAAGUCCUGUAUUAGUGGUCUUACUUUCACUUGAACCCCAUAAUGAUUUCUAUACUUACUAUAAUACAGCAAUAGCAUAAUAUACUGUUGUAGCCACUCCGAGCAAUAGUGGUGAUAGCUCAACUUUAGGAGGGUGUUAAUAGAGAGCUGCAGGUAUAACAUAUAUUGACAAAGAAUAGUGUUAAAUAACUAAAUAUGGGGAUCCAUAGUAAAUGGAGUGGAUACUUAAUAUGCUGUUCUGGUUUUUUGCUACUGCUUCUGUAAUGAUGAUGAUCCAAAAAGCUAGAGCUUACAUUGCUAAUAAAUGCACAUUCUCAGAUUCCGAAAAAUAGAUGUUUAGAUAUUCCUGCUACUUUGCGAAACAAUAACAUCGUAAAUAAUUGUUUUUAUACUUAUGGCUGGUUGAUCGUGCUAUAGGACAGGAACUGUCUGUAUUUCAUGUGAAAAUGCUCUAGAUAUAACAGCCACUGCAAAUGAUUGCGAUAAUUUUAUUGAUGACUGUGAUUUAGAUAAUGUUAAAUGCAAAACUAAAGUUUCUGGAGAUUUUGCCUUUGCCACAGAUGCUUUAUGUAAAUGAGCUAUUUCUAAAUGCAACCAUUUAUGUUUUAGAUAAAGCCCGAUGUGUUACUUCUUCAAAAGGAGAAUAAUUUGAUUAGGUUCCAGAUAUGGAUUGGAUAAUAAAAAAUGAGAUUAAUUAUACCAUAAAAACCUUAUCCUUAGAACCAGAUACUUUGAUAACUGAAGACUUAUGCAAAGAAUAUUUUCCUAUUUGCCCAACAAAAUAAGGAGAAAGAUGUCUUCAAAAGUUAACGUGCUUACUCAAUUUCAAUAAAAGUUAGGAUGUCAUUCAACAAAUAUGCAGAGUUGAAGAAUUUUUAGAGGAUGGGAUUGCACUGCAGAAUUCAUGGGAGAUGUGCAAAGGUAUAAAAUUGGGUGUUAGAGUUGCUUGUAGAUCGAAUAAUAUAUGUUAUGAUGGCUCUCAAGGAGCUUGUUUCUUUACACUUCUUGUUAGAGUUUAGAGUGGACCAGUGAUUAAUGAAGUAAAUAAAUAAGUGAUAAAUGUACAGCAGAUGGAUAAAUAUUGUGUGGCCAUUGUUUCAUCUUCAGAAAAAAAUACUUAUGGAAGUUGUGCCAUUGGAGUUGAUGGCAUUUCUAUACAAUAAAUGAAAGCCUUGAAAUCCAUUGAUUCAAAAGGUUUGUAAGCUAUUUAUAUCUUGUGUCAACGCUAUCUACAUAACUCAUGA